AUGGCAAACGCAUCCCAUGUCGAGGUCUACCAGAGCCUUAGCUCCACAUGGAGCUUCUCUGACGAAAAUCAAAAGCUCUGGUGGCACAGUACCGCACCCAUGUUUGCACACAUGCUCCAAUCAGCAAAUUACGAUUUAAGCAGCCAGCAACAUCAUCUGGAGACUUAUAAGAACGCAAUCAUACCCAUGCUUGGUGCAUACCCAAUUAAUGAUCGCCCUCGCUGGAUGAGCAUACUCACGCGAUAUGGAAACCCAUUCGAGCUCUGUCUCAACUGCUCAAACGACGUUGUCAGCUACACAUAUGAGCCGAUCUCCAUAACCACGGGAACAUCGGCAGAUCCGUUUAACACAAAUGCAAUUUGGGAAGCUCUGCACUACUUGAGCGAUGUUCAAAAGGAUAUCAACCUUGAAUGGUUCCGCCAUUUCAAAGAAGCACUCACACUUAACUCCGAGGAAUCGGCCUCUCUGUUAGAGAGCAACAUUGUUGGAGACCAAAUAAAGACACAGAACAAACUAGCCAUGGAGCUUAAGGACGAUCAUUUCGUCGUCAAGACCUUCAUGUACCCUGCGUUAAAAUCGCUUGCUACGAAUAAAUCAAUCCACGACCUUAUAUUUGAAGCAAGCCAUGACUUGGCCCGCUCAUAUCCUAGCAUUUCGACACCCCUGAAGGUCUUAGAAGAAUAUUUGAAAUCUCGAGCUCCCAACAGUACGGUCAUGCCUCGCCUACUAUCUUGUGACUUAGUCGAGCCAUCACAGUCCCGGAUCAAAAUUUACCUCAUGGAGCACAUGGUCACCCUCACAACUUUGGAAGAUUUGUGGACCCUUGGAGGCCGAAGAAACGACCAAUCUACUCUAGAAGGACUGGAGGCUUUGAGGAAAUUAUGGGAUCAUAUCAAUUUACCAUCCAAGUUUUGCUCUUACCCGGCUGGAUAUCUGUCUAUGGAUGAUCCUGUUAAUGAACAGCUGCCCUUGAUGGCUGACUUUACACUUCAUCCAAAUGAGGCUGUUCCCGAGCCUAGGAUCUAUUUCCAGACGUUUGGCAGACGAGACGCGAAGCUGACCAAAGGUUUGAUCUCAUUCUUUGAGCGGCAAGGAUGGAAUAAGAUUGCGCAGUCUUAUGAAAAUGACCUGCGCUCCUGGUAUCCAUGGGCAAACCACAGACAUUUGAAUAAAAUCCAUACGCUAGUCUCUUUCUCUUACAAAGACAAUACGCCCGAAGUAAGCGUAUAUCUGCAAUCAUUUGAGACUGGUGAAUGGGAGAUUUCCAAGUUUGUCGGAGCCUCUAAUCUCUAG